AUGCCGUCACAGUGGGAAAAGAUAGAUGCGCAUGGAAUGCAAAUUGCUCUGGAAGAAGCCCAGAAAAGCUACGAAGAAGGGGGGAUUCCGAUUGGGUCAUCUAUCCUAGUACCUGAUGCUUCAGAAGCAGCAGGAUACAGGGUGCUUGGGUCGGGCCAUAACGAACGAGUACAAAAAUCGUCUGCAACAUUGCAUGGAGAGAUAUCAGCUGUGGAGAAUGCUGGGAGACUGCGAGCAGAGGUGUAUAGAGCGGCAACCAUUAUACCGCGAGUCGUGAUUGGGGAGAACAAGACAUUUAUGGGAGGCGAAUCAUUACUGAUUGAAAACGGAGUUGAGGUUAUCGUCAAAGACAGACAGGAUUGUAAGGAUUUAAUGGAAAAGUUCAUUAUCGAGAAACCACAGGACUGGAAUGAGGACAUUGGGGAAUUAGAUACCCGUCUGGGAAUGUAA